AUGGCGACUACGAGCAGUCGAUCCGUGGCAGGGUACAGCAGCAGUCAGCACCUCAAGGAACGCGCGACGGGAGCUCGAAGCCCUAGGGAAUACCGCGACGAGGAGGAUGACGAGCGCGAGCACGGACACGAGGCGCACAGCCCCACUGGCGGCUCGUUCGACGAGGGGAUGUUCCGCCAGGCUGGCAGUCCACGUGGCUUCGGCAGCGCGUUCCCCGCAGGAUCGCAGUACCACAGAGUAUUGGUGCGAUUAGGUCUGGCUCGACUAUCCAUGGACCAGUUUGGGUCGCGGCUUGUGCUACUAACGGGGUUGCUGGUGGUUCUCGGAUGGGGAGCGCGUGACGUGUGGGAGGAGAUGAAAUCUAGGGCUGCCACGCAGGGCACGUGUCCCCUUCCGCGUGAAUUUCGGCCGUCGGAUGAAGAGCUAUUGGGCCGGCUUCCGCAGUAUAAGCGGCUGGUGUUGACGCAACCCAUGGCGGUAAAAUACCUGCAGCUGAUCCACAAGUACCUGGAACCGUGGCGCCCUAUCAAGAAUCUGACCUCAGGAGUGGGGAGAAUGGGCCUGGUGAGCACGGAGGCGCUGACGCGGAUGGGCAAGACACCGGCCAUCAUGUCGUGCGCGGGGCACGUGAAGGUGAUCAACGGCAAGGUGUUCUUCCGCUAUGGCGGCUUCUUCCGCGAAUACUACCGCCUCAACCGCUUCCUGCAGACCGUCAAGAUGAUCCACGAUGCGGUGGUGCGGUAUCAACUCACAGACAUGCGUCUUGAGCUCUACGUGAACACGUGCGACCACCCCAUGGCGUUCUACAGCAGCCACAUCACCGAUCGCGCCGGCAUCCCCAUGAUGAGCACCGGCUUUACCGCUGAUACCAUGGACAUCCCCAUUCCUGACCCGCUUGAUCUAACUGAGGAUUACACCCCAGACCUGGCCACACAGAUUCCAUGGGAGCGCAAGGAGGCGCGGGCAGUGUUCCGCGGCAAGACCACGUCGUACGAGCUGAUCGACGGCAACUGGGGUGCCAACCCCCGCGUGCGCCUGCACCGCAUCUCCGAUGCGCACCCGUCCCUCAUGGACGCGCACAUCAACAAGUGGUCCCACUCAAGGGGGGCAGCGCAAUUCGCGAUGGUAAAGGAGGGCGUGUUGCUGGCGCCGCGCAUGAACUUCACUCAGUUCAACGCGUUCAAGUACCAGGUCAUCGUAGACGGCGGUGGGGGCAGCUGCCGCACGUGCGGGGUGCUGCGGUCCAAUCAGCUGAGCAUCCGCCAGGAGACGCCCAUUUACCAGUUCUACGAGCCGCUGCUGCAGGAUCGGGUGCAUUGGCUCACCACCACUCGCACCUUCUCGGACCUGCCAGAGAAGGUGCGGUGGGCGCAGGAGAACGACGAGGAGGUGCAGAGGCUGGUGCAGGUGGCAAACCAGUUUGCAACGUACGCGUGCACGUGGACCGGCCGCACUCUCUACUGGGGGCUGCUUCUUGUCAAGUACCACGACACCCUUGAGAACCCUGACGCUAUUACAGAGCCACCAGUGAAUCAGAUAUGCGACAAGAGCCCCAUGUUGGAGUCGCCAAACACAACUGUGGACCCAGCAGCAGUGAAGUGUGCGGAUCCAGACGGCCCCAAGAAGAACCCUGAAUGCAUCUACUUCUGCUCCUCGGGCACCAUCAAGUCCAACCUCUUCGUCUGGCAUAAAGCCGAGGCUCUUGCAGACCUCAAGAAAGUGGGUCCUCCUUGA